UUAACCAAUAUAAAAGUCGGUGGUUUCUGUCUUCACCAACAGUUGUGUGUGGUCGGUGAGACGAAGCAAACCUAAUUCAAACACAAAAUGAUUGCCAAAGCCGCAGUAAUUCUAUCAGUGGUCGCGUUCGCGGCAGCUGGUGUCUUAGAGUACGCCGGCUACCAGGGCUACGAGCAGGAACCCGUUGCGUACGCGCAGGUGCCAGUCGCCCCCGCACAGUACUCUGGCUACGAAGACAGACAUGUCGACUAUCACGCCCACCCCAAAUAUGAUUAUUCCUAUUCCGUAUCUGACCCUCACACCGGCGACCACAAGACCCAACACGAGGUCCGCGACGGUGAUGUGGUGAAGGGAGAGUAUUCCCUGCUGCAGCCUGAUGGCACCUUCCGCAAGGUCACCUACACCGCUGACGAUCAUAAUGGAUUCAACGCGGUGGUAGAAAACAGCGGGCCAUCCCACCACGCCUCGUACCACUAAACAGCUGUGCCGGCUCGGAGCCAUACUUUAUGUGAUAUUAAACCUUUAAUACUUUAGAUAGUCUUUAGUUGACAUGACUUGUUUUAAGACUGCGGCGAAAAUAAACUGUUGGAAAAAACGA